UAAAUUAUACGUACGAGUUAACUACUAAAUUAAUAAACAAUGGAGGAAAGUCGAACACCUUCCCCUCAUCCUGAUGAUUCUAAAUCGGGGAUUAAGAACAGUGAUUCCUUCCAAGAAAUGAUGCGGGCAAUUAAAACGGAACGAACCAAAGAAUCGCUGACCAUUUCCACUGACGGAUUUGAAAUGAUGGACGACUCCACCUCUUUUUGGACAGAUCUCUUCACUAAAUACUUUAUAGAUCCAUCACGAGUUCCAGACGACCAGCGAGACGACAUGUUGUUCUAUGUCAGGAAGACACACAAUCCUAAAAACAAGUCAUUUACAUUCAGACCUGAAAUAGAGGUCUAUAGGCGAGACUCGAAGACCCUCCCAUCCCUGGAGGAUAAAACCAUUGAUUGGGAGGAAACAGUGUAUAUGAACAUCAUCUCACACCAGUUAGUUUAUACUGCCACUUGUGCAGUUUGUACAAGGACAAGUGAACAGCAUCUUCAAAUCCUCAAAAAGUUUUCUCAGAGAGUUUACCCUUCUCCAAGUAAGAGAAGAAUGGACGAUAAGGGAACAGAGGAAGAACUCACAUAUCCAAACAUAUAUUUCACUGUAGAUAAUUUUGAAGAGGCCUUUGGAGAUAUAAUGGUAAGAGAUGGAGAGAUGGUAUGUGUAGAGUUAACAGCCACAGACAGACAUGGCAGGGUACAAGGGGUGAUAUUCCUGGGCUCUGUCCGGUACGAGGUGCUAAAAAAAGUUUACGAUGCCAGGCUGAGCCUUACUUCCAAAAUGAUGCAGACAAUGUCCCUGGGGAUGAUAAAACAGAACAAGAGGGUGGAGUUUGUCAGAAUGAGAGGGCCCAAGAGUAAAGGUCACGCAGAGAUCGCGGUCAGUAGAGUGCCAGGAUCAGGGCCAGAGACACCCAACAAGGAAAACUUCAGGCUGGAAGAUUUCAACAAUGAACAGGAAGCCAAUGAGCAGAACCAGUACACACAUCGUCGGAUGAGUGAUCCGAGCGAAUCCUUCGGAUCUUUUGUACGAGGAGGAAUCCGACGACUGAGUUUGAAAAAAUCCCGAUCAGAGACUGAGAAUGUGAACGCGGGAAUAGAAAAUUGCCAGGAAGUUGAAGCCACAACCUUACAAAAUGAACUAGAGAGAUCCACCCAUGCCAAUGGAUUCCUUGGGAAGGCCUUUGGACAGGCUUGGAUGCUGUUUAAAGAACAGAAGAGAGCCACCAGUGUAGCCCUGAAUGCCUACUUAACAUAUGUCACCCUCCCCUGGCAUUGGAUUAUAGCAGAUCUAAUUGAAGCUCAACAGAGGCCAGUGUUAACAUCUUGAUAGAUAACUCAUGGACAUUUAUUGUGAAGCACAGCUGUGUUGUAUGGCACUGCAAGAUUUCACCAGUUCUUGGAAGCUUCACUGAGAUCAACACUCAUGACAGUGGAUCUCUCACAGCUCUAGUCAUAACUCUAGUCAACAGGUGAAGAUUGUGUUAGCCACCAGAUUCUAAACCAGAGUGUGUACAUAAAGUAUGUGUUUAUUGGCAUUUUGAGUAGAUUAGUGAUAUGAUGUAUACUCAGGAUUCUCUGUGAGGGAAUUCCAUAUGUGUCAGAACAGCAGUGUACUGUAAAACAACUUUUAUUCACAUGCAGGAAAUAUUCAGGAGUUUCAUUACGUACUUGCUUCAACUGCAAAUAUUUCUUGCUGCAAGCAAUUUAUUUUAUUGUGUAGAUUUUUUCCACAUUGGUGCAAUUAACAUGUGCGAAAUAGAUCAGAAAGGACAAAAAACAAUAAAAAUUGUCGAGAAUAAUAGUUGAUUUACAGUACAUUAUUUGACUUGCAGUAUUUAUUUGUAUAUAUAAACAUUCCAGUGCUCAAAUAGUGCAAUAUAUUCUAGCAGCAGAAUUAAAAUAUACAUGUUUCAUGAAGCAGUACUAAAUCAUAUAUUCCGUAUUCAUCAUAUUUUGAUAUUUUUUAAACUUAAUUCAGUUGAGAAAGUCAUAAUUUCUAGAUUACAGUGAAUAAAAAUAUGAUUGUUGUACAUCUGUGAUUCAGGGUAAUUUUUUAAUUGUUAAUAAUUUAUUUUUAUUAUCAAAUCUACUUUGAUAAAGCUUUUUUUUAUGCAGACACAAAUAUUAAUUCAAUAACAGAUAAGUUUUACUC